AUGAAAUCAUUCUUGUCAUUGGGUGAAGGUACAUUUACCCUUCAUAUACCAUUAAGUGUGCUUAAUGCAACAUCAGACCAUAGUUUUUUUGGAAAGCUAGCUGCGCUUGUGUUCACAACCAUAGCAAAGGAAUCAAUGUAUACUCCAAUUUUUGAAAAACAUGGAAAAGUUGUUAGGGUUACGAUAGUGAAAGAUAAAGAAACAAGGAGAAGUAAAGGUAUUGCUUUUAUUUUGUUCUUGAAAAGAGAAGAUGCCCACAAAUCGGUGAAAUCUUUACACAACAAGGAGUUGUUUGGAAGAAGACUGACAUGCAAGAUUGCUGCUGACAAUGGACGGGCAUCAGAAUUUAUUAGGCGACGAGAUUACCCAGACAAAUCUCGAUGUUAUGAAUGUGGAGAAAUAGGCCAUCUAAGUUACAAGUGUCCUAAAAAUGCUUUAGGAGAAAGGGAACCUCCACCAAAGAAAAAAAAGAUCAAGAAAAGGCAAGAUGAUGGGGAAGAUUCAAGAUAUGAAGAUAUGUAUGAAGAUGAGGAAGAAGUUGAUGUUGAAAAGGAGGAAGAGGAGGAGGGAGAGGAUCCCACACUAGAAAGUUUAAGUGCUGCAAUACAAUAUCAGCAAGAGAAGGUAGAGGAAGAAGAUUACAGAUAUCGUGUUGCUACUGGCAACUACCAGGGAGAACCAUCUUCAUCAUCUGGCGCUAAACGACCUAAGAUUAAAAAAGAUGCAUAUUUUAGUGAUGAAGAAGAAUUUAGUGAUGAAAAUUGACAUUUUGCCUGCAGUAGUCAGUUUGAUGAGAAAUGAUGUAACUUUUACAUUUUGUGUGCAGUGGUCAGUGUCACUGUGGCUUUCUGGACACAGGCAACUUGAAAGACACCCCUGGUAGAAUUCUCAAUGAAAUCUGUCAGUCAGAAUUAAAUUUUGAUUUAGUCUUCAUUUGAAAUAUUUAAUGCAGUUUGUUUGCAUUAAUAUAUUUUUUUUACAUCACCAAAG